GCUACUGCUGUAUCCAGGCGGAGAGGUUUUUAAGGAAGUCAGACUAAUCCUUAAGAGGCACAAAGUUAGAGCUAAUGUCGCUAAGUUAAACAGGGAUAUUUACCUAUCCAGCUUUCAGUCACCUAUUCGACUCCACAAUGUUAACAGUCUCGUGGAAAACAAACCAAUCAAAACCCAGUAUGGAGGCACGCCUGCUGCACGUCCACACCCUCACGCACUAGUCCUCCUCACCGACAGGGGUCAGUCUGUGACUGGAUUGAAAAGGAAAGAAAAGCGACACGCUCCUGAGAGACAGAACUGAGGGCAACAACAUCCCAACAUCCCAACAUCGACCUCUGACUCGGAAGUGACUUUGUCAAGAACAAACGAGCGGCUGGUUUUCAUUCAAUACACGAAAAAACAUCUUUUGGAAAAUAUAAUAAAACGAUUUUUGAGUUGGGACUAAACGUAAACAGACCGAAAUGUUUUACCACAUUUCUUUGGAGCACGAAAUCUUACUACAUCCGAGAUAUUUUGGUCCAAAUCUGCUGAACACCGUGAAGCAGAAGCUCUUCACAGAGGUCGAGGGGACCUGCACUGGCAAGUAUGGCUUCGUCAUUGCAGUUACCACCAUUGACAACAUCGGAGCUGGCGUAAUCCAACCAGGCAGAGGUUUUGUCCUCUAUCCAGUCAAAUACAAGGCCAUUGUCUUCCGUCCGUUUAAAGGAGAAGUUGUGGAUGCAGUGGUCACUCAGGUUAACAAGGUCGGUUUGUUCACAGAAAUAGGUCCCAUGUCCUGCUUCAUCUCUCGCCACUCGAUCCCCUCAGAAAUGGAGUUUGACCCCAAUUCUAAUCCACCCUGUUAUAAGACAGUUGAUGAGGACAUUGUAAUCCAGCAAGAUGAUGAGAUCCGGCUGAAGAUUGUGGGAACCAGAGUGGAUAAGAAUGACAUUUUUGCCAUUGGAUCUCUCAUGGAUGAUUAUCUGGGUCUCGUGAGCUGAGUUUCUUCCGAGGAGCAUGAAACAGUGGGACUUUAUUGCGUUGUAUCUCAGUUUGUCUGUCUUAUAAUUACUAUUUUUCUACUGUUCUGGUAUAGAGACGGGGGCCAAGCCCUAUAGGCACAUCAUGUUAUUAUGCUGUACAGCCUACAUUUUUUUUUAUGGAAAUGUUGUAAGAGUAUUAACAAAUUUACUUAAAAAUUGCUAGCAAAUAGAAGUAUCCAUAUUAGUAGUGUUUAUGUUAUUUUGAAUGCCCAUCAUUCCUACAUAUUUUUUGCUUUAGCGUGUGCUGUAAUAAAAUAUUUAAUUUGUUCUUAA